AUGGGUAGCAAUGGCAAUGGCAAUGGCGGUAGACCUCUUGGAGAAGAUCUAUUUUCUAGUGAUUUCUUUAAGAAAUUUAAAGAGAGUGCUUUACCUACUCACGGUCAAAUUAAAAGAGUACAUUAUAAUAUACAAGAGGCCCCAGAAAAUUUACCAGAUGACUUUAAUUUAUAUGUUAAGCCCACCGAAAAAGUUGAUUAUCAGGUCUCGAAUUGCACAGGACGUAAAAGAGCUGUUUUAAUUGGAAUCAAUUAUGUUAAUACCCGAUUUCAAUUGGGAGGAUGUUUCAAUGACGUCAAUAACAUCAAGAGCUUUAUAAAGAAAAACUAUGGAUAUGACGAGUCAAAUAUGAAAGUGUUGACCGAUAGUCCGGAAGGUCAUUCGGAUCCAUCAUUAAUUCCAACAAGAGAAAAUAUUAUUGAAGCUAUUAAAUGGCUUGUACGAGAUCCAAAACCAAACGAUUCUGGUCAUGGAGGACAACUUGUAGAUGAAUCAGGAGAAGAAGAAGAUGGAUUUGAUGAAACCAUCAUGCCCCUUGAUUUUGAGAAAAAUGGACAAAUUAUUGAUGAUGAAUUACACACUUUGAUGGUCGCACCACUUCCGGCAGUAAGAUUGACCGUCAUCUUUGACUGUUGUCAUUCAGGAACAUUGCUGGAUUUGCCAUAUAUCUAUUCCACUCGUGGUGUCAUCAAAGAAACAAAUAUCCUUUCCUUGGGAGGGAGGAACCUUUUGAGUGCAGGUUUCAAUUUUUUUAAUGGAAAGGGCGUUUUAGAUUCUUUAAAAGAACUAAAGUCUACCGCUACUAAGCAUCAAAAACUUCGUUUUAAGAACAUUGAAACAAAAUCAAGUCCCGCCGAUAUAAUCAUGUUUAGUGGGUGUAAGGAUACACAAACGUCUGCUGACGCUCAAGAAGCAGGUGAAGCAACCGGUGCCAUGUCACAUGCUUUGGUCAAAUCAUUGAAGAAGAAUCCACAUCCCACAUAUCAAGAAUUGCUGAAUUCAAUUCGUGAUGUUCUCAAAGCUAAAUACGCUCAAAAACCCCAACUUAGCACAUCUCAUCCAAUGGACAUGAACUCAAAAUUUACCAUGUAA